CUUUUUCAAAACGUGAUUUUUUUACUCGCCACAAACGUUGGCACUACUGCGUUAGCGCGGUACUCUUUACCGCUCUGAGGCCGCGGUACUGUUGGUCUGCGGUACUGUUGGUCCCCUACCGACAAAAGUCACCGGAAGUGCAUACUUUGAUAAGUUUGAGAGCCGAUUUAUACCCCGUAAGGUUGGAUAGCUGCCUUUUGACAUGGACAGUUCAAAAGUUUAUUUCAUUGAGAAGCGAGAAAAAAAUGUAAACAUCCAUGCUCUCCGUCUAAAAUUUGCAGCAGGUCGCUUUGAAUGAAAAAUGAGCCUGAUUUUUUCAGUUUUUAUCAAAAUAAAUUAAUUUAACUUCUAAUUUUUGAAAAGUAAGUACAGAAUUCGAUUUAUCUUGAAAAUUUGCAUCUGAAAAUGACACAUGAUUUUGACUGACAGUCGCGUAAAAUUAAUUAAAAAUAAAACAAAAUCUUACGAUUCGGACGCGAUUGCUCGAACCGGAAGGCGGCUGCGCACUUCCGGUUUGUGACGUCAUGUGAUCGCUAGGACCAAAAAAUUUGUGUUUGAUGUAUAAGUGGGGUUAUCGGUAACUUUUACCAUAGAAACAGGGCCUUGAGCCGCAGAAAGAUCAGUCUGCGCUCAGUUUGAAUGCGAGAUGCGAGCGUUUGGAGUGGAAUUUUUGCUGCUCGUCGGCGUCGUCAGCGCUGAACUUUGUGAAUUUGAUCUUCGCAGCAAAAUAGAAAAGGGAAAAGUGACUGCGAAAGGAGAUCUUGAAACUGAGGAUGGAAUCCUGCACGCCAAGGGCACAUUUUGGAAAGACUCCGGAGAGUCGUUUUGGACUUGCCCGUGUCUCACUGGGCCGUGCAUAAGGAUUUGUAAUAGCGAUUUAAUCAAGAUAAUAGAAGAAAUUUACAACGUGACCUUCAACUUAAACAGCACAAUCGAGGUUUGGGAUGUGAACAACAGUUCGCGUCAGGUUGUGCUGAAAGAGCAUUUCAAACUCGUCCAAGAUUCAAAGUGUUCUAAUCCUGUGCUACUGGAUCCAGAGGUUGAAGAUUUGGAUGAGCACAGAAUUCUCGCAAAUGGCACUCUUCACUUCACACAUGCGAAUGUGGCAGAAGAAUACAGAUUUUAUGAUCCUAGAUAUUUCUGUGUCGUACCUUUGGAUAACUCGCCACCUUUGAUAACAGAUUGUGUUGAUGACGCGGAAACGCCGCUGAGAUUUUACCUCUACACACCUUUCUUCAUCCUGAGCACCCUGUUUUUGCUGCUGACCUUAGUGACCUAUUGUUUUGUCGGAUCGGCCGAACGGAAAUCUCUGCACAACAAGACGAUUUGUUGUCAGUCGGCCGCCCUGCUCAUCGUUUACAUCUGCCUGUCCAUCCGUUCCAUCCUUGGUGUUUAUAAAACCAUGUGGUUCUGCGUCGCCUCGACCUAUGUCACAACGUAUUUUCUGACGGCGACCAUAUUUUGGCUCAACGUCAUGUACAUCGAUAUUUACUUGACCUUCAGGAGUUUAACGCAAACAGUGGAAAUAAAAUAUUGGCAGGCGUCAAUUUACGCUUGGGGCAUUCCUUUUUUCAUCACAUUGGCUAUGAUCCUUGCCGACCAACUUACUACUCGUGGACCUCUCAGCCCUAAUAUUGGAAAGACAAGAUGUUGGUUCCAAGGUUUACUAUCAGAACUUUUCUUCUUUGAUGGAGUAGUGUCCGUUUUACUGGUCAUCAGCAUGGUUCUUUUUGGUGUGACGGCCAUCCAGUUGUGGCAGCAAUACAAAGUGUUGAGACGCGACCUGCAUUCGAGUAACAGCCAGGUGCACAACGGCAACCAAAUUACUUGGCAGAACGUGGAACGCUUGACCUUAUUUAUUAAAUUUUUCCUCAGUCUGGUAUUAUUAAGCGUGAUAUGGUAUUUCACGGAAGUAAUCUCACGGUUCGUCGAGGGCCCAUACCAGUAUUACUGGACCCUCAUACUAAACAUGCCAUCCUGCUUGUCUGGGGUGAUCUUUUUUUGGAUCUGCGUCUGGUCAAAUAAAUUAAUGCGCAAAGCCCUUCUGGAGACAAUCACAUGCAAGUGGGCGACGUCACCUCCAAAGCAAGGCCCGCACAUCCCUUCCCGCCACACCGAGUGUUUGCCAGUUGCUCAGUUUCAUAACUCAUUGCAUGUAAUCGACUCCUAUACUGAUUCAAAUUCGGGAUGCGUGAACUUUGCUCCCGAGGCGGCCUCUCCUCACCACUUGGCGUCAUUCUCCGCUCCAAUAACGCCAAUAACGCACAGUACCGCCAGCGGGCUUAAUUUGUUAUAAAUUAAUUUCUUAAAAUAUUAAAAAAUAAAAAAAUAAAAAUAAAACAGUUAU